AUAUUAGCUUUUUCGUUAGAUUAAAAAACCUUAUUUCCUUGUAGUUACCGUAUACCUCCCAUUACAUUCAGUCAAAAGUGAAAUAACCUUACUGUUUUUAUACCGCCAACCUAAACUACUCGCUCGGACGCGACCUGACUCGUUCGGACGCUGCCAGGAUCAUCCGAUCUGACCCGAACUGAACAGAACUGAUCCAAACUGAACCGGACUGAUAAGGAUUCGAAGUCGACGAGUCCGGAGUUUUUUUUUUCGUGCACGACCCCCCUCCACCCCGCUAAUACAGUCCGAGGAAACUCCGAAUGCGAUUCCAAUGGGUGCCGUAGUCGGAUCAAUCCGACUCCGGAAAUAAUUGUUAUUUACCCAUCACUACACGAUACGCUGCUAAUCAAGAACCACCCUGUAGUCGUGUUUGACACAUCUCAGUUGAGGCAUUGUUGUUAAACAAAUUCAUUUCCGUUCGAGAUGGUGCACACACUACGCAAAAUAACUAACAUUUGUCGGCUUUGUUUGUGCGAAGAGCUGGACAUCCUAGUUCCUGCCGAGGAUGUAUUCGAUUCCUCGCUUACCACGGAGGAUGUGGAACGCUUCACCGGUGUACAGAUCCCGGCCGAUGACAAAGUACCUUACGUGAUCUGCACCGACUGUAGAAGUAGUUUAAGAAAAUCAGCUGCCUUUCGGAAGUCUUGCGUACGCAAUGAUCGACUCUAUUGCCAAUUGUUCUCGGAAUUGAUCGUCGAGAUUCGGAACGAAACGAAUCGAAAGCAACCUGCAACGAUUGUUCAUCACACACCCGAUGAUGAUAUCGAUGUUACGGUUUUCACCCACCCCGUUCAUCCAAAGCAACUGUCUGCUUCUGAGAACAAGCAGCUAGUUAGCGCUGAUGAAAGAGAUGAAAGAGAAAGCAUUGAAACGGAAGCUACCCCUUUAAAAUCAACACUCUCGUCUCCUCGCCCGGAACCGAUGGCAAUUGACGAAACAAGCAACCUGCAGGACCCACCAAUACGCACUAGGAAACGACGCAAAAAGUAUGCGAAUCGUCAUGUGGAAUACCUGUGUGACAUAUGUGGCCAAACGACUACCAAUUACAAACGACACCAGCUGACGCACACGAAAGAAGUACGAAUCCCUUGCCCGCAUUGUCCGAUACAGAUGACGGACAGCUCGAAUCUUGCGCGCCACAUCGAAGCCGUGCACAUGCAGCUGAUCAUUAAAACGUGCGAAUUGUGUGGUAAAGGAUUCAAGCAUCAUAACAGCUACAAUGCUCAUAUGCGUGGCGUGCAUAAUGUUGGGGAAAAAUAUAAAUGCAAGAUAUGCUACAAAGAGUUCAACAGUACACGUAGCAUACAGGAACAUACCAGGCGUCGGCAUAGUAUCGAAACUAAAUUUGAAUGCAAGGAUUGCAGUAAGCGGUUUAAGUGUGGAAGGUCGCUGUAUAUACACAAACGAGUACAUUCCGACAACCGGCCGUAUGCUUGCAGCCACUGUCCGAAACGGUUCAAGAGCAGCUUCGGCCGCAAUACGCAUCAACUCACCCACACGGGCAUUAUAUUUUCCUGCCAGCAUUGUGAUAAGUCCUAUCGGUACAAGGCUCAACUUAACAUGCAUAUGCGAAAACUUCACCCGGAGUUGUUUGCCGAAAACACGGACGGAUCUGGCGGACCGGAUUAGAAAAUGCAAACAAUUAAAAAUAAACUGGCAGCAUGGCACGCUGCGCCUAAAGAA